AUGGCUUCCACCGGAGAGUCAGCAGACCAAGUUCAGCUACAGACCACAAUGGCCUAUAUCGAACGCUUCGUCCAGUGGGUGAGAGCAGGCCAAAUCGAUGACAAAGACCUCCACAGACACCGCAUCCUCGUUCUCCUUUUAGACCCACACGGCGAUGUGCCCAGCAGGCCCAGGUUCUUCGCGCCCUACGCCCCGGAGCUACCAGAUCCAACGGCAGAUUACGUGGGACGCGAGUUCGUCACUGGUCAUCUAGUACAUGCCGCUGAGUGGCCACAGCCUGUCAUCAAUUAUCUUACGAGAUAUCUCAGAUUCAUCUAUCUUGAUCUUCCAAACGACCAGAACCCGUGGGAACUCGAUAUGAACUCCGCAUGUGGAAUCGAACCUGAAUUCGACGUCUACCCAUGCGAACAUCUUUGGGUCUCUAGCCAGACGAAUUCUUCCAAGCCACACUUGAAAUUCAUCCACUGGAGCAAACAAGAGAGCAAUGACGACGCGCUCGCAUGCAGCGAGCUGAGUUACAUUUGUCGAGUCAUUUGCUCUUACCUACCACGGCGGAGGUUCCAAUCGCGGAUGAUAUGCCCGAUCCUUGUAAUCUCGCUGAACGGGUCUCGCGCUCGAGUUCUGGAAGCGUAUUUUGAUGGCGAGAGGCUUGUUGUGCGCAGAACCAGGCCCUAUGACUUUGCGGAUGGCGAUAUGGGGACUUUCAAAACUCUCGCGCGAUGGUAUCUUGCUGACGCUGUCGGUGAUACGGGCCAGGGGGCUCUUGAUCGGUUAGAUCGUAUUUGAGACUGGG